CUGGGCCGAAUACAAAGCCACUAAUGGGCUGUACAAAUGAAUAAGUAUAAAAUCCGGUUCUGUGAGGUCUUCGUGGCCGACGAGGGCGUGGCCGACGAGGGCACCCGGGUUCUUUGGGCUCAGGACCAUAAUCUGAGUUGGCCCCUUUUCGGCCGACGGGGGCGUCUUGGCCGACGAGGGUGCCACUCUGUGUCUUGCGCUUUCCGUUCCUCCGAGUAUGUGGGUCCGGGGGCUCAGACCCAUAUACUCCAUCAGGAGUCCCCCACUCUCUAAGCUGAGACGUAGAUGAAGUGAAGGAGAGUAGAUUCCCGUGCUUUAGUACUUUUGGCCGAUGCGGGCAUCCCCGGGCCGUUAGCCGUUGCGGCGUUGGCGUUGUUUCCUCUUUGGUGAUCCUGUUCUGUGCUUUGGCCGUUACCUGUCCCUCGCUGUGGGCGGGGAGGCCGUUGUUUCCUUAAUGUGUUCAUUUGAGGAUGAUGAGUGUCUUGUUUCAAUGGCGGCCGUUGAAGGCACGCUUUCCCUUUCCUGGACGUUGGUGGUUGAAGUUUAUGUUUGGGCAGAUGAGGCCGUUGAGGUUGUUCCUUGCUUUGAGGACGAUGGCGUCCUUUCCUUUGGGUGACCGAUGAGGGUGCUCGCGCACUCCUUUUGGCCGUUGUUGAUGAUGUCAUGUGACUCUGGCCGAUGUGUCCAUUGUGAUGCGUGGACGAUGUGGCCAUGCUUUGUGGUUACAUUCAUGUUCUUUGCAUUGUUCCUCUUUGUUUUGUUGAGGCCGAUAUCGUCCCCCAGUCCCCCACUGCUUCAGGCCGAAGAGUGUGAGGGGUGAAGGAGUUGCUUGAGUCCCUGGCCGAAGCGGUCUCUCCGUAGUCCCCCUGAAUUCAACCCUCAUGGCGAUUUUCUGGCCAAGGUAACCCUGUGGGAGAACCCUUGUGCGCAGAUCGCUUGUAGAGAGUUAUCAUCAAGGGUCAUUACGAGGAGCCGAUGCCUGUGGGCUCUUUGUUCCUUUUGUUAUGUGGCCGCUAUGGGCGUUUGUUACGUUCCAGGCCGUUGUCGUCUCCUUAUUGUUGGCGUUCGUGAACCUGGCAAACAAGAUGGGACGUUGUGGGCGCUUGCCGGCAAGUAGGACGAUGUGGGCGCUUGCUGGCAAGUAGGACGAUGUGGGCGCUUGCCGGCAAGUAGGACGAUGUGGGCGCUUGCUGGCAAGUAGGACGAUGUGGGCGCUUGCUGGCACUCGUGAAGCCGGCACGUGUAUGGGCCGUAGAGUCCGUCUUGCCAGUGGGCUGUUGUUAUUGAGUUUGGCCCGUUGGUGACGUGGUGGCCUCCCAUUGGUGACCGCUGAUGUGGCCAUUGGGAGGGUGCCACGUGUAGUGACCGUUGGAUGGGGGGGGGGUUCUAUAAAUACCCCUCCCCCUCCGACGAGAAACCACAUUUGCAUUCUGAAUUGUCGAAGUGCUGGCCAUUUUUCUAGAGAGAUAAACUCCCAAGCCUGUUCUUCGUGUUCUUCGUUGUUCAAGGCUCGUAGUAGUUUGUUGUGAUGAAGAGCUUGAACGAAGACUACUACCCGUACGACGACCAACCCUCCACCAGGUCACUCGACUAUGAGGUGCUCGAGGAGUUCGAGGAGGAGAUAGAACAUUUGAGUCCUUACAAAUCCGAAGAGCUGUUGGACGAUGAAGUCGAGGACGAGGAGUCCGCCUCUUCUUCCAGGGGUGAGGACGCAGGUGCGUCCCGAGUGGUGGACGGGGCGUCCACUUCCGCUGUCAUUCCCUGCCCGAGGCCGGUGUCUGCCGUGAAGGGAGCAGAUAAGCCGAAGAGGGUGAGGAGGCCGAAGAGUGGGCCGGGCCUCUCCUACCUGGAUCUCACCAACAUCUUUUUGAUUAAGCCGGAGAGCAGCGCGGCCGACUAUCUUGUUGCCCAGAUGUAUGUGGGGCCGUUUGGGCGGGUUAGGGCACCCAGGCCGACGGACCAUGUUCUUCUUCCACCACCGGGAUACUUUGGAGUAUACCCGAUGAGUUUUGCUAAGGGGUUGAGGUUCCCCCUUCACCCUUUCAUCACCGAGUACCUGGACAUGGUAGGGCUUCCUCCGGCCUUGCUGACGCCGAACAGUUAUUCCUUGAUGGUGGGCUUUUUACUCCGGUGUGAGGAGCUGGGCUACAGGCCGACAACGGCCCUAUUCAUGAAUUUGUACCAGAUCGGCCGAGGAAGCCACAAGAAUUGUGCGGCCUAUGCUACUCUUCAACAACUGCCGAAGAAGAGGAGCUUCACGGACUUGCCUUCGUCCAUUCAUGGGUGGAAGAGCAAGUUCGUUUUUGUAUCCCUGGGUGAGAGUGGCACCGAGUUUCCCUCCCUCGGCCAUACCGGGAGGUUCAAUCUCAAUGACCCGCCGAAGAGCUCUAUCUUGGACGCUCAGGUGGAGGCUUUCCUGGAAGGGGGGCCGAGGAGCGUAAAGGACUACAUUACUGAAUACAAGAUGACCGCCCUCGGCUUCUUUAGAUACCAUGUGUAUGGUGAUAAGGAGGAUGACCUCCAACUCUGGCCGAGGAUGACCACCACCUUUGAAGAGGCCGACGGCCCGGACUUGGGCAUUCCUGCUGAGGCCGAUGAU